GGAUAUUUCCUAUCUCCUCAAGUUGUUAGGAGGAUUUAGUAAAACACAUCUGCAAAGUGCUAAACACAAUCUGUGGCUUAUAGUAAACUUCAGUAGGUGAUGGCUAUUUGAUCUCUCUGGCUUCCGCUGUUCUCCUUCUCCAGGGCUGGACACCUCUGCCUCCUCCAGUCACCAGUCCAGUCUGCAGGGGAUCCAAUAUCAGAUUAGUUUUGAAUGUCUCUUAAUCCAGGAGGUUCUUCCGUAAGUGAAGCCAGGAUAGCCUGAUAAGGACCAGUUACUAUAAAUCAGCCUAAGAAGCCUAGUGAGUAGACAUUGCAGGAUGGAGCUGCACACUCCCAAGCUGCUGUUACUGCUGUGGGCAAUGUGCUGUAGGUGCGCCUAUGGUGAUGGUCUGAGUGGAUACACAUCGGUCAUUGAAGUAACCAAUGGUGACCCCUGGGGCAGCUGGGCGUGGCCCGACAUGUGUCCUGAUGGAUACUUUGCCAGUGGGUUUUCAAUCAAGGUGGAGCCCCCGCAAGGCAUUCCAGGCGAUGACACGGCUCUGAACGGGAUCAGGCUGCACUGCACUGGGGGGAACCCAGCGCUCAACACGCAUGUUGUGGAGUCACAAUCUGGGAGAUGGGGUGCGUGGAGCGAGCCGCUGUGGUGUCCAGGAGGUGGCUUCUUAGUGGCUUUCUCUCUUCGUGUGGAGGAGCCCCAGAGCCUCGGGGACAACACCGGGGUCAACAACGUGCGCUUUCGCUGCUCCGACGGCACAGAGCUGGAGGGGCCUGGGCUGAGUUGGGGAGAGUUUGGAGACUGGAGCGACCCCUGCCCCAAAGGUGCGUGUGGCCUGCAGACUAAAAUUGAGCAGCCUAAAGGCCUCCGCGAUGACACCGCCCUCAAUGAUGCGCGAGUAUUCUGCUGCCACAGUUGACUCUGUUGCUG